AUGGCUAUCAUUUUACGCACAGCAUCCGUAUGGCUGAAGGGCGCCAUCAUUAGCUUCGCCAUUGGCCUUCUUCUGUUUGUGAUUGGGUUUGCUACAACUUCCUGGGUUGUCUACCAUCACCGUGGUCUAAGAAACGACUAUCAAAAUAAUGGGCUGUGGCAGAGUUAUGUUUGUAGAAACAAUCAACAUUGCACAACUUAUAGUCUUUAUUAUCUUAAUGACUACCACCGUGCCAUACAGGCCAUGGAAUGCCUAGGUUUGAUUGGUUACAUCAUAUCCCUUGUGAUCCUGCUGCUGUAUCUGUGUGCCGACUCCUGCAGACGGAGAGACUUCCUGCAGGCUACUACUGCUAUAACAUUUGCUGGGAUUCUCUUUGCCUGCAUUGGCUUUGCCCUGUUCGGCUCACACUCAAACCAAGAAAACAUACAGGGAGUGAAUGGAAACAUUGGAUGGUCAAUGGGCAUUGCGAUCGCAGGCACCGUCCUCUAUGGUCUUGGAGGAAUUUUCCUAAUUGUACAGCUAAUUCGCUAA